CGAGGCUAGGGGUAUGAGAAAUUGUUCCCCCUAAUGCAAUGUUAAUGUCGACGUGCGCCACCGACACAUUCGAGACAAAGGCUGGUAAACACGGCGCGCACCGCGCGUCACUAAAGUUUGGCAGUUAUAAACUGUCAAGGAAUAUGGGACAAGAAAUCCGACAAUUCAUUCGAGGAAGAAAUAAAACGGUAGAGCCAAAUACCCGUUUGCAAUGUCCAAUUCUACAAAAGGAACCAUCAAGAGACUGUUGUCAGGGAGAGUGCACCUUUCGUGCGAAUCACAACUGUUUGUGGGUGAAAUACUUCUCAGAGACUAGUGAAAUCAAGAGAGAAAAGAUAUGGUUGGAGGCACAUCAGCAGAAUAUUGUACUCCGAGAACAGAUCAGGCAACUGAAACUCGAAUUGGGUUUGGUGGAAUAGUUCUGAUGCGGUAAUGUGAUGUGAAACACGGGGAGAUAUAUAACUGAGGAACAAUAAUAGUCAACAUGCAUUAGGAGGUAAGGUAGUGAGGGGCCAAUAUGUGUCAUCUGUCUUUGACUGUCUCACUUUGAACCUGUUUUAUAAAAUAAAUGUGGGUUUGAGUGUGAGGAUAAUGUCCAUUGAGAAACAUUUAUCAAAUCAAAGCCAAUUGACGGGAUGAAAUGUGCUUUAGGAAGAGGUCGCAAUAAUCAUAUUAGAAGUUAAAGAUAUCCCACGAAACACUGUUACUAUGUCUGUGAAACGCACAGACAGCCUUUAAGGCUGGAUGUGUCAAAAAUGACCACUUUAUUACUAUAAAUUUUUAUAUACUAUUUAUUAUAACUAUUUUAUUGAAGAUAUAAAUUAUUGGUGCAAUAUAUUGUGUGUCCCGUGAGGGUCAGGGUGUGAGUGAGUAAUCUACAAGUAGUCUCAAAGACUGAACUUGUCGAUAUUGACCACUAUACUACCGAGGAUUUAAAUUGAGAAUGCAGGACUUCAUUUUUAAUGUGAGGAGAAGCCUUAGAAGGAAAUAAAACAAUUGUUUUCCACAUA